UUAGUUGUCAGUUUCUUUUAGCCCCUUGGUACUUUUCUUACUUUUGGGGGAAGGUUUUUUUGUGUCUCCUGUGGUCACCGUGACCACUAUCAUCACCCCGUGUUUGUUUAGAACAAGAUCAAGCGCGAUCCUACAGAUACUUAAUAGAAAAUUAGUUUUGUAAUUAUGUAAUUAUAUAGAGCAGUAGGCGUCGAAACUGCGAUUAUCGAUUUCUUGUAUAAAUCAUUAAUUAGAGCAUAUCUUUUUUGUGCUUAAUUUUUUUUUAAUGGUUUUGACCACUACCACAAAGAAAUAGAAAGAGGUGAAACCGCGAAAUCCCCCCAACAUUCGCCUCCUCUGCUCGAUGAGUCACAGGCUGUAAUAAAAGAGAGGAAAAAUCUCUCUGAGGCGUCUUGCUUGGUUUUUAUUACACAGAACCUCUUCCGAAUAGAAAAAUAUCAAAGUGGUACUGUGAAAAUUUCCAAGUAGCCCCCUUUACCGAACUCUUCAUCUCGAAGAUGCGAAGGGACAUUUAGCGAAGCCGCGUAAAAUACAUCUUGUUCAGUCAACUCAAGGGAGUUGGCGAAAUGGUUGCCGACCUUAAGGGAAAGUCUGAAAAACAAAGUGUAACUGUGCAAGAUAUUUUCAAGAAUGUGACUUAUUAUAUUGUCGGAGAUGUGAGCGAAGAGGUGCGUAAACUUCUGGACACACAUGGUGCGAAAAGAGAUCUUUACCUCAGUGAAAUGGUUAGCCAUGUUAUUGCUGACAGCACAGAGCCCGAUGAAUAUUCCGAGGCCAAAGAGCUCUUUGAACGACCAGUUGUUUCUAGUCAGUGGGUGAUUCUGUCAGUAAAAUGUGGCAAGCAACUUCCAAAGGAGUCAUUUGCAUUGGAAGAUCAGCUUUUUUCCAGUGUGAAAGUUUGUCCCCACCAGCUAAAUAAAGAGGAUGCCAAAGCAAUCUGGGGCAUGGUGACUUUUUAUGGAGGAAUUUGCAGCUUGGUUUUAGACAAUACUGUGACUCAUCUGAUCACCACAUCAACCUCAGGGGAGAAGUAUGAAAAAGCAAUGCAGCAAAGUGGCUUUAUUAAGAUUGUGACUCCUGACUGGAUCACUGACAGCAUAAAGAAGAUGGAAAAAGCUGAUGAGAUCAUAUACCACCCUAAACUUGUUGUCUAUUCAAAGCCAGAUGCCCAUUUCCCACCAGUGAAGACGGAGCCACAUCCACACAUUCAGAAUCAAUCAGAUAUGAACAUGCCAUUUAUGGUGACCACUGUAGAAGGAAAGUUGGGCACAGACUCUGUGGAUUCUAGUCCUAGUCAAGCAUCACUGCCUUUUUUCUCGGGACAUAGUCCUGGAGCGUCAAGAAAGUCAUCAUCUUCUGAUGACACCUACAAAACUAAUGGUAGUCGUCCGGGGACACCCUGUGCUAAAGAGGCACUUGCCCGGAUGGUCAGCAGCAGGAUCUAUGGAAAAUCUGAACCUGAUAUUUCUCGCACAGGACUUUCACCUGUCAUGCACCAAGGACCUCGUGCCAUUUCACCAGGACUGCAGGCAGGAAGUAUGCUAUCCAUGCCAGGGCCCCCUCAUUCUGGAUAUAGCAUGCCUAGCCCAGGACACAUAAGCAUGGGAGGGGGUGGAUUAGGUGUGGCACAACCAGUUCCAGGUUUGCCCAAUAUGGCUAUGGGAACAGUGAACUCAAGCAUGCAAAAUCCUGCCCUGAUGGGAACUGCAUGUAUGGGGAAUUCUAAUAUGCCAACACCUGCCCAAAGACACCAAGGUUCCUUAAGACCUGGCCUUGAGGGCCCAGGGAUGCUGACACCUGGGGGACAGCCUCACUCUGGUCCUGGAAUACCCCCACCAAGCAUGGUGCCAACUGGCAUGGGGUCACUGCCAGUCUCUUCAAUAUCAGGGCCAAUGCCAAGUGUUGGAAUGCAGCAGUAUCACCCACAGCAUCCACAGAUUCCCCCUGGUUUCCAACACCUUCAUCCACAACAACAGCAACAGGUGCAUCACCAUCCCCAAGAUCACCAACAGAUGAUGCAGCAACAGCAGCGCCAUCAACAGCACAAUCACCAGAAGCAGCUUCAGCAGCACAUACAGCAUCAGCAAAUGCAGCAGCAGAUACAACAGCAGCAACAGCUUCAACAACAACAGAUGCAGCAACAACAACAGAUGCAGCAGCAACAACAACAGAUGCAACAGCAGCAACUUCAACAAAUGCAGCAUCAGCAGAUGCAACAACAACAGCAGCAGAUGCAGCAGCAACACAUGCAGCAACAGCAGAUGCAACAGCAACAACAACAUUUACAGCAACAACAACUGCAGCAGCAUCAGCAGCAGAUGCACCAUCCCCACCACCAUCAUCAUCACCAGCAGAUGCAUCAACAGCCGCCACAGCAGCACUCACCACAGAUUCAUCUUCCUAGUGGUCAGCAGCACACAACAGGGGGGUUUGUUGGUGCCCGGGAGGAUGCUUCCGGAAAUCGCAUGCUGCGUAAUAUUACCAACAGCAGUAGCCCACUGCCUGGUGUCCGGAAUGCGUCGCCUGCCAAGAUCAACCAGAUGCUUGGAAUGACUGGAACAUCCCCUCGCCCCCCGCCUCCUGCCUAUCCUUACCCACCACCUGCUGUUACAAAUCAGCAACAGCAGCAACACCAAAAGCAGCAACAGCAGCAGCAGCCACCACAACAACAGCAGCAGCAGCAGCAGCAGCAGCAGCCACAGACUCAGUCAGCUCCUCCAGUCCCUGCACCAGUAGAAUACUGGGGACAUGAUCCAUCUGAUAAUGUGCCCCCUGACAUGUUUUUGCUUGGCUGUGUUUUCUUUAUUUGUGACUAUCAGGAUAUGGUCUCUGCUGAAGAACUGGAGAACUGGACAAAGUGUAUUGAGCAGUAUGGUGGUCGAGUGUCAACCAUUUAUUCUGAAGCUGUCACUCAUGUCUUGUGUGAGAACCAGAAGCCAGAACCAGUAAAAUUGAAAGCAUUAAGAGACAACAAGCGCAUGGCAAGGCUGAUGUGGCUAAGGGAUUGCUUUGUACAGAAAAAGAUGCUGCCACCUUGGCAAGCCCUUCACAUUCCCAUUAUGUUCACAGAUGAAAAGCCUUGCAAAAACCAGAUUGUCACUAUGACUAAUUUUGUGGGUGAUGAACUGGAACGGGUCAAGAUGAUGAUCAAGAUCAUUGGUGCCAAACUUACACGCUACAUGACACGAUCUAAUUCUGUUCUGAUAUGCAAGCGUCCUGGUGGGAUGAAGUUUGAAAAAGCUAAGGAGUGGCGUGUACCAGUGGUAAAUGUCCAGUGGCUUUCAGAUUUAGUUCUAGGUCAUAUGGAUGCAUUGCGCCUUCCUGUCCAGAUGCGAUACUUGCAAGUAGGACAUGCUCGGGACUUCAACGCUGACCUGACAAGAGUUUCACAAUGGAUGGUUGGCUGGAGAAAGCCUCUUAAGAUUUCCAAAGAAAUAUGGCAGAAAUUUGUACCCUCCGUUAAACGUCCUCUGAAGUCUGAUCUGCAGUCAGACUCUGGAUCAACAAUCUCAGAACCUCCCGCAAAGCGCCCUAGAGUUGAAGAAGAAAGUCCUUCACCUCUUGAUGAUUCUGUGCCUCGUAUAAUGUUUACUGGAUAUCCACAUUCUGCUUCUAAACGACUAGCUGCACUUGCUGAAAAGCUUGGUGGCAAGAUUACAGAAAACCCAGAGCACUGUACCCACUUGGUGGCUCCAAAGAUUAUACGUACCAUAAAGUUCUUCCAUGCCAUCAAUGUAUGUCAUCAUAUCAUCACCAAAGAAUGGCUGGAAGAAUCCUCUUUACAGAACAGAUUUUUGGAGGAAGAAAAGUAUCAUCUUAAAGAUGAGAUUGGAGAGCAAGAGAUUGGGUGUAGUCUUGUUGAAAGUCUACACAGAGCCCAAACAUCAAAACUUUUUCAGGGGUUAAUUUUUUACAUCACACCUGGAGUUGUUCCUCCAGUGGCUGAGUUAAAGAAGAUUGUGGAGAGUGCUGGUGGUGCUGUGUUAAAGCGCCGACCAUCUACAAAGACUACCUCUAAAAUGAGGGAUGAGAAGGGUCGGUCAACCUUUAUCGUGAUCACAUGCCCCAAUGACCUCCAUUUAUGCAGAGAUUUGAUUGCACAAAACAUAGAUGUGUAUAGUGCAGAAAUGGCAUUAACAGGUGUGUUACGACAAGAACUCGACUUCCAGCUGUAUCGUUUAGAUUAUCGUCUUCAUUCUGCAUAAGUAUCCUCUCCUUAUGCAGAACGUAACUGCAGAUUCUGUGAGGAACACAAAACUUUGACCAGAGCAGCAUUUGUUCCAGUAUUACCAGGUUCAUGUUGCUGCUUGUGUGUCAAAGUUGAAGGGUUGUCUUCCUUUUAAAGCUUUAGACAACAAGGUGAAUGUGUCAUUCAUUAUUGCCUUCACAUUUAUUAGACAAAAUUGCUUUUCUGUGGAUUGCAUUAAGUUGUUGCAGUUUCAUGUUAUUCAGUCAGUACUUGGACAUGACAAACACAAAUCAGUAAAUUACUGUAGUUUUGUGGUGUAUUAGCCUUUCAAGUGGUGUGCUGAUAGCUUUUAUAGAACCUUAUAAAGUUGUGACUGCUGUUUUUAAUAUGGGAUCUUAAUGUGAAGGCUUACCUUUUGCUACCUUCCCAGUACAUCGUUUCAUAAACCGAAAUGCACAAGAGUAGUGCACACCCAUGUGUUGCAUGCAUGUUACAUAAUAUGUGCUACCUGCCUGGAUAUCGGAUACAAUUAAGCUGUUUACAUUCAGCAUUGAACUGUAUAUAGUUGCAUUUGGUGGUCAGUAUUGUUUGGGGGGAAAAUGUUUACAUUUUGAGUAACAACAGAAAAUUUUUAGACAACAAAAACAUUUUCUUGCUGACAAAUAGAAGACCACUCUCCUGUACAUAUUGCACCUUAUAGAUUCACCCCAAGAAAAACAAAAAUUGAGUUGUGGAACAGGAGGGUAAUGAAAAGGCAUUAUCUUUAUUAACCAUUAGCUGUUAAGUCUUCAUAUAUGCAGUGCAAUAUUUCUUUGCAAAAGCUCAAGAUAUGAGGUGGAUUUUUUGUUUUAAAUCAAACCACACAGGCUACUUGUUUCCAGCUUGGUUCUAAGCUUUAGUAAUCCUUUUAAAAAAAAUUUUUUUAACUUUUUAAAAUUUGUAGUUCAUAAUUUAAAAAACAUUGUAAUAUACUAAGCCUUAAUAGGUGGAUAUUGGGACUUGUGACAAGACUAUUACAGUUAUCUGCAAAAAUUUUAACAAGUGAAGGAAAUUGGAGAUCGUGUGUCUUUUUAUGCCUUUAAAAUUGAAAUGGCAAAGAGUUUAUUAAACAGAUUAAGAUUUUCCUUU